AUACAAAUCGUACGAUUGCAAGGCUCGGUUCUCGGUGGUUUUGAAAGAUGGGAAAUAUGUCGUGGGGAGUUACGUCAUGACGCAUAGUCAUGAUUUUCACGUGGGCAACCCAUGGUUGUAUGCAGCGAACCGUCGUCUUUCUCAGGAGCAAGAGAGGGAAGUUCUGCGUUUGAUGGGUAGUUUCCAUAGUACCCCGGAUUUGCGUCAUUUUAUUUACUUGGAGUACGGAAAAAGGGUAACUCGUCUUGACCUGUAUAAUUUGCGGAUUC